CUCCCUCUAAAGCCAAGGAAUUUUCAGAUCUACAGUUGCUCCCUUCCCCUGUCCGCGAGCUGCUCUUGCCGUUCUUUGCGAAUCCUGUCCCUACCAUACCUGCCAGAUCUGGUUCUGCUUGUCAUAAAAUUUUGGUAAGAUGAUAGCUUCCGUUCCUGAUUGUUCUGUCAGUUUAGCACUGAGAUCGAGUUUUCGAUUUUAUGCGAGAUUGACUAAUUUCUUUUCUUUUCUUUUUCUUUUCUUUCUUUCUUCUUCCCACGGGUGUCUUGCUCUUCCUCUUCCGCCCGACCCUCUGCAACCUGACGAGCUCCCUAGCUACUGCCACCCAUUUUCGGUCGGGAACACGGGUCUGCUUUCUUCCCUCUGCCACGAGCUCCCUGUUGCUGGGUGGGUGAAAUUUUCGGUUAUUUUGGGAAGCGAAGUCAAGGAUGGGGAAAAACGAGGGGAGUGACGAGUUAGAAGGCUAGCCAUCUUGUAAAUUGAGCAUAAAUUUUAGAUAUAAAUUAUGAUUUUGUAAGCUAGAUUUUAUUUGGAGAUUUUAUGAUAUCAAGGCAAAUUUAAAAAU